ACAAGAUGGCUGUGCGUCGCGUUACGAGCGGCUGAAGAAAAAAAAAACAGCUCUAAUUAUCACAACGCACGAUUAUCAGCGAUUUGUACGAGCCUCGGAUUGAAUUCGCUGGAUGAACCGGAACAAUAGCUGUUAUUAUUUUUAUAUAUUUUGCGGUAGAGUUUGAUAAGGGGAAGGGGAAGGGUUACUCAACAUAAAAAAAAUCUCAGAAAUCGUUUCAGUAUCUGUUUAGUUUUCUAAACUAACGCGGCAGGGCGUUGAUUAUAAUCACUAAAGCCGAUCAUAAUCAUAUCAAGAGAUGUCACUGCUAUGUGUUGGAGUGAAAAAAGCCAAGCUCGAUGGACCUCUAGAGAAAUUUAACACCUACGUGUCACUGAAGGUUCAGAAUGUGAAAAGCACCACCAUCGCCGUUCGAGGCAGUCAGCCAUGUUGGGAACAGGACUUCAUGUUUGAGAUUAACAGGCUGGAUUUGGGCCUGACAGUGGAGGUAUGGAACAAAGGACUGAUCUGGGACACCAUGGUUGGCACAUUGUGGAUCCCAUUGCACAGCAUUCGACAGUCGAACGAGGAAGGGCCAGGUCAAUGGCUGACUUUAGAUUCCCAGGUUAUCAUGGCCGAAAAUGAGAUCUGCGGCACGAAAGAUCCCACCUUCCAUCGAGUGCUUUUGGACACACGAUUCGAACUACCAUUAGAUAUACCAGAGGAGGAGGCUCGAUACUGGGCCAAGAAAUUGGAACAGCUCAAUGCCAUGAGGGACCAAGAUUAUACCUACCAGGAGGAGCACGAGAGACCACUUCCAGUGCCAUCAACACAGUGCUGUAACUGGAGUCUAUGGGGGGACCAGCAGAAUGAUGAUCCAGACAGUGCUGUGGAUGAUCGAGACAGCGAUUACCGCAGUGAAACCAGUAACAGCAUCCCACCGCCAUACUACACCACCUCUCAGCCCAAUGCAUCUAUGCACCAGUAUCCCAUCCGACACAUGCACCAUGGCUCCCGCUACAAUGAUAUGCAGGACUAUGAAUACGAUAACCAGAGAGCAAUUAGCCCCACCGGCAGUAGUCACUAUGCCUCCUCGGGUGAGCUGAGCCGUGGCAGCUCCCAGCUCAGCGAAGAGUUCGGCCAUGAGGAUGGUGAGAGUUUCCGUGGUUCUGGAGAAUUCUAUGAUGAGAACGACUCUUACCACUCCUGCCAUUCCUCCGUUAGCUACGGUAAAGACUCACCCGGUUGGGACCCAGACGAACCACAGGGUGUCUACAGUGAUGAUGGGGAGUACAAUAAAGAUGGAGGCGAAGAGGGUGCACUCUACGAUGAAGAAGAUGGAGAGAUCUAUGAACAAGAUCCCUAUGAAGAGGAAGAGGAGGGGAGGGCGUAUGAAGAAGAUGAAGACAUGUACCCAUUGGACGGUACUCUCAGCGAAGAACAGGAGACACCAUACACCCCCACUCCAACCAGCAUGGCCCCAACGUUGGCCCCUGAGGCCCCCACCAGCCGUCCACCACUUGAGAAACAGGCUUCCAUGCAUCAGCAACAUCCCCCACAAUCCCAAUCCCAAUUCCAGACUAUAGAACCCAAGAGAGAGUCCCUGCCCCCACAGCAGCCACAAGAUGUCUUCGCAAAGGUACCACAUACCUUAAGCCCGCCACAGGACUCUCAGCUGGAGCCUUUUACUCCAGCAGAGAAGGUCCCAAUGCCUGCAGACAAGCAUACAGAAGAACUAUUGCCCUCUUCUGCCAAUGAGGUCCCACUUGAAGCUGAGCAAGAGAAGAAAGAGGCUCUACCUGAGAGCACACCCAAGCUGGAGACACCAGUGGACCCUGCAGUAAGGGCCAAAGCCAACUGGCUACGACUCUUCAGCAGGGUUCGCCUUCAACUGCAGGAGGCUCGAGGCGAGACUCCGGGACUUGCGUCACUCUUUUUGCAAGCAGGGCCUGGAGGUGCUCUUUACAGCAUAGACAGCAUGCCUGACCUUCGCAAGAGAAAAGCUAUCCCUCUCGUCCGAGACUUGGCAAUGUCUCUUGUCCAGAACUCUCGAAAGGCAGGCAUCACUUCUGCUAUGGCCUCCAGUACACUUAACAAUGAAGAACUGAAGAGUCACGUCUAUAAGAAGACCCUGCAGGCUUUGAUUUACCCCAUCUCCUGUACCACGCCACACAACUUUGAGGUGUGGACGGCCACCACGCCCACCUACUGCUAUGAGUGUGAGGGGCUUCUGUGGGGCAUCGCUCGACAGGGCAUGCGCUGCACUGAGUGCGGUGUCAAGUGCCAUGAGAAGUGUCAAGAUUUGCUGAAUGCUGACUGUCUGCAGAGGGCAGCUGAGAAGAGCUCUAAGCAUGGAGCUGAGGAUCGCACGCAGAACAUCAUAAUGGUGUUGAAAGAUAGAAUGAAGAUCCGUGAGCGAAACAAGCCUGAGAUAUUCGAGCUGAUUCAGGAUGUGUUUGGAGUCAUCAAGGCCACGCAUGUGGCACACAUGAAGCAGAUCAAGCAAAGUGUUCUGGAUGGAACGUCCAAGUGGUCAGCCAAGAUAAGCAUCACAGUGUUAUGUGCCCAGGGCCUGCAGGCAAAGGACAAGACUGGCUCCAGUGACCCCUAUGUAACUGUGCAAGUGGGCAAGACCAAAAAACGGACCAAGACCAUCUAUGGCAACCUCAACCCUGUUUGGGAUGAGAGCUUCAAUUUUGAGUGUCACAACUCCUCCGAUCGGAUCAAGGUGCGUGUGUGGGAUGAGGAUGAUGAUAUUAAAUCCAGAGUGAAACAGAAGUUUAAACGAGAGUCUGAUGAUUUUCUGGGUCAGACUAUCAUCGAGGUACGAACUCUGAGUGGAGAAAUGGACGUCUGGUACAACCUGGACAAGCGUACAGACAAAUCUGCUGUAUCAGGAGCCAUUCGUAUGCACAUCAGUGUAGAGAUCAAAGGAGAGGAAACUGUAGCCCCAUACCAUGUCCAGUACACCUGCUUACAUGAGAACCUUUUCCACUAUUUAACGGACAUCCAGAACACCGGGGUGGUGAAGAUACCAGAUGCCAAGGGUGACGAUGCCUGGAAGGUUUACUUUGAAGAGACGCCCCAGGAGAUUGUGGAUGAGUUUGCCAUGCGUUAUGGAGUGGAGUCCAUAUAUCAAGCCAUGACACACUUUGCCUGCUUGUCGUCAAAGUACAUGUGUCCCGGAGUGCCUGCCGUCAUGAGUACCCUACUGGCCAACAUCAAUGCUUACUACGCCCACACAACCCAAGCCACCAACAAUGUGUCCGCCUCUGACCGUUUUGCUGCCUCUAACUUUGGGAAAGAGCGAUUUGUGAAGCUUCUUGAUCAGCUCCAUAACUCACUGAGGAUUGAUCUUUCCAUGUACAGGAACAAUUUCCCGGCCAGCAGUCCUGAGAGGCUACAGGACCUUAAGUCCACCGUGGAUCUACUAACCAGUAUAACAUUUUUCAGGAUGAAGGUUCAAGAGCUUCAGAGUCCUCCUCGUGCCAGCCAGGUGGUGAAGGACUGUGUGAAGGCUUGCCUCAACUCCACCUACGAAUAUAUUUUUAACAACUGCCACGAGCUGUAUAGUCGAGAAUACCAAACUGACCCAAACAAGAAAGGAGAGGUUCCUCCUGAGGAACAAGGUCCAAGCAUCAAGAAUCUGGACUUCUGGUCCAAGCUAAUCACUCUCAUUGUGUCAAUUAUUGAAGAAGACAAGAACUCCUACACCCCCUGCCUUAACCAGUUUCCCCAGGAGCUCAAUGUUGGAAAGAUCAGUGCAGAGGUUAUGUGGAACCUGUUUGCCCAAGAUAUGAAGUAUGCAAUGGAGGAGCAUGAAAAGAACCGUCUGUGCAAGAGCGCUGAUUACAUGAACCUGCACUUCAAAGUAAAAUGGCUCUACAAUGAAUACUGCAAAGAUCUGCCUUUCUUCAAGAGCCGAGUGCCUGAAUAUCCUGCGUGGUUCGAGCCAUUUGUCAUCCAGUGGUUGGAUGAGAACGAGGAGGUGUCUCGAGACUUUUUGCAUGGAGCCCUGGAGCGGGACAAGAAAGAUGGGUAUCAGCAAACUUCAGAGCAUGCUCUCUUCUCCUGUUCAGUAGUGGACGUCUUCUCGCAGCUUAACCAGAGUUUUGAGAUCAUUAAGAAGCUGGAGUGUCCUGACCCACAGAUCGUUGGACACUACAUGAAGAGAUUCGCCAAGACCAUAAGCAAUGUUCUGCUCUCUUAUGCGGACAUUAUCUCCAGGGACUUCCCCAACCAUUGCACCAAGGAAAAAGUGAAUGCAAAGGAUGGUGCUGUAAAGCCCUGUAUCCUAAUCAACAAUAUCCAGCAACUCAGGGUACAGCUUGAGAAGAUGUUUGAGGCCAUGGGAGGUAAAGAUUUGAACGUUGAAGCUAGUGACAUCUUGAAAGAACUCCAGGUGAAGCUCAACAAUGUUCUAGAUGACCUUGCAAGGAUCUUUGCCACAAGUUUCCAACCAAACAUCGAAGAAAACGUGAAGCAGAUGGGUGAUAUACUUAGUCAGGUGAAGGGGACAGGAAAUGUGCCAGCAAGUGCUUGCAGCAGUGUGGCUCAAGAUGCCGACAAUGUCUUACAGCCCAUCAUGGAUUUUCUUGACAGCAACCUCACACUGUUUGCCAAGAUCUGUGAGAAGACGGUAUUGAAGCGAGUGCUGAAGGAGCUUUGGAAGCUAGUUAUGAACACAAUGGAGAAGACAAUUGUUCUGCCUCCUUUGACUGAUCAAACGGGCACUCAGCUCAUAUUCAAUGCAGCCAAGGAGCUUGGCCAACUCUCCAAGCUGAAGGAGCACAUGGUACGUGAGGAGGCCAAGGCACUGUCUCCCAAGCAGUGUGCAGUCAUUGAGUUAGCCCUGGAUACUAUUAAGCAAUAUUUCCAUGCUGGAGGUGUGGGGCUGAAAAAGACAUUCCUGGAGAAAAGUCCAGACCUACAGUCUUUGCACUACGCCCUGUCCCUCUACACUCAGGCUACGGACAAACUCAUCAAGACCUUCGUUCAGUCCCAAAAUACACAAGUUCAUGGAGGGAAGGGGGUAAGGUUCACCCAUAGUGAAGACGUGUACCCAGAGAAGGGAACUGGUGUUGAUGAUGCAGUUGGAGAGGUGUCUAUCCAUGUGGAGAUCUUUACUCAUCCAAACACUGGAGAGCACAAAGUCACAGUGAAGGUGGUGGCCGCAAAUGACCUGCGGUGGCAGACCUCUGGAAUUUUCCGGCCCUUCGUGGAGGUCUACAUCAUUGGCCCUCAUCUCAGCGAUAAGAAGAGAAAGUAUGCUACAAAGUCCAAGAACAACAGCUGGGCUCCUAAAUACAACGAGACCUUCACAUUCACACUAAGUAACGAAGUGGGCCCGGAGUGCUAUGAGCUGCAAGUGUGCGUGAAAGACUAUUGCUUUGCACGGGAGGACCGCACCGUUGGCAUGGCAGUGCUGCAGCUGAAAGACGUAGCACCACGGGGUAGCAUAGCGUGCUGGCUACCGCUAGGUAAACGCAUUCACAUGGACGAGACUGGCCUGACGGUUCUGCGAAUCCUUUCUCAGCGCAACAACGAUGAUGUAGCUAAAGAAUUUGUCAAGCUCAAGUCCGAUCAGCGCUCUGCCGAAGAGGGACGGAGCUAAGAGCAGGAACUAGCUAGCGACGCAUGGUAACUGUACGUUUGGCGUAAACACUGCCCUCUAAUGUUGAGAUGUUGCACUAGCACAUAGAAAAAAUACACAAUAAAUAUUUAUCACUUUAAUGGCCAAUCAUGUUUGACAAAGCAGUUAUAUAUUUGUACUCAGUGCACUGCCAUUAGACCAGCCAAGUAAGGCUUGUCUAACGAGCACAAUUUGGCACAUAAGGUGAAACAGACACAAGAUAUUGGAUCUCUUAAAUACUUGAUGGUUGUUAUGUCUUUGAUUUUUAUAAUAUAUGUUCCAAGACAAAAACCUGCCAAACGGUACUUAAAUACAAUACAUAUUUAUCUAUUUAUUCAUACAACUGCAAAACAUUUUAAAUAUAACUCUCAGCACAUAAAUGUCUCAAAAUAUAAAACAGGAAAAUAUUAUUUAUAAUGUUAGAUUAUAUUAAUAAAAUAUCAUAUUAUAGUAUUAAUAGUAAAAUAUUAUAUUUAUAAUAUUAUAUUAUUUCUAUUCUGUAUUUUUUUUUUUUUUUUUUUUCAAAUGCAUCUGAGACAUGAAUUACCAGAAAUAAGACUAAGGCAUGUAAACAGAGUUGCUACAUAUAGUGUCAAGAUGUGUCGGAAAGUCCUCUUUUAGGCGGCCUUCUUUUGUCAGUCAUUCCUGCACCCUUUAAAGGGUGCUUUAAUGUCAGGGUAUUAUUUCUUCACUUUAAAUAUAACAAUUUAAUCCCCCAACCUUGACAAACACACUCGUCAGUAAGGACCAAAACCUUCUUUGGAUCAGACUUUAACAUUAUGCAAACUUUUAGAAGCACAAGAAAAUUACGCAAAAUAGAUCAAGGCUUGCAGUUUUAGCAGCUACAACCAAAUAAGCCUCUGAACGCAGGAUGGUUGCUUUUUUCCUGUAGCGUAAUUUAUUUAAUUUUUUUUUUUGCUCUGGGUGUGAUAUGAAAUUAUUUUAAGGGGCACUACUAGCAGGAAAUACUAAUUCCACAUCACAGUCCUCAAGAUAUUGUCACUUUAAGACACUUUCCAUGAAUAUUGUAAGUUUUGGCAUCCUAUUAAUUUUUUUAAGCAUUAGAGCCACACAAAUACCAUAUAAUUACCAAACAUUUUAAUAUUUAGCUGUGUUUUUCGCACAUUUUGUGCGCAACCCUGUUACCACAUGAUUUUGACUCUGGACAAGUCCAAGACAAGAAAAGUAAAAUCUCAUUCCAGUUUCUCGAAUUUUACAAAUAUUGUUGCAUUACUGCAUUUCGUCGAGUUCAACCAUUCAACCCUGUUACCUGUUAAGUUAUUGUGAGAAAAACAAAAUCAAACAAAUGUUUCUCGUUAAUUUAUGGAACAUUUAUUUAUCAGUAUCUAUAAACACAACAGUUUUGGGUGUAAUCCAAUUACAAAGUAAUUAGUAAUUACUUUUUUAUUAAAAAAUAAAUAAAUAAAUAAAAAAGUAGUGCAUUACAUUUUUAAUUCUUGUAAUCAGAUUACAGUUACUGACUUUCCAUUAAUUGAAAUUUUUUUAAGUUCAUUAUAGGGUUAUGCUUAUUUCUAAUAUAUUAUUUAUGUAGAAUACAUGAAUUAUGGUCCCGUAACGAGUCAUUGUGAAGGAGAAGUGUGUAACAUUGAACAAGGAAGAAAUAUAGACAUUAUUUUGAAUUUGUUGAGCAGAAGUGUUUUAGAAAGUAACUUAGUAAAAGUAAAGUAAUAAGCAAUGUGAUUACUUUUUCAAUUAAGCAGUUAGUAAAGUAAUCUGAUUACAGUUUUAGAUAAAUAAUUAGUCAUUUGUAGUGGAUUACUCUUUUUAAGUAACUUGUACUGACCACACUGGUACUGAACUAGCAAGCGCGUACUAAGUGAUAGCUUAAUUUAGGCUAAAUUUGCAACCCUGUUACUUGAAACUCUGUUAGCCAUUCAGCCAUGAGCGUAGAUUUGCAGUGUAAAGCAUUUACCCAUGUGCCCACUGAUCAUGGUAUAAAUAAUGGAGGGUUGUACUUGCUUGUUUUGAUUAUUGGGGGUUACCUCCCCCCAUGCCCCCGGAAUCUACGCCCCUGCAUUCAGCAGUUUUGUUUUGUGUAAUACAUUUUGUCAAUUUAAUUUCAAUGUUUAUUGCUAGAAAAAAACAACAACAAAAAAAAAAACACACAAAUUAGGGUAUUUUAUUUAGAUAUAUAGUCCCCAAUAUUGAUAACAGGGUUGAAGGCAAACCUCAUAGAAAAUGAAUAGAAAAUAAAACAGCUCAAAUAAUAUUUCGUGCCCCAUUUGUGGAAAGUGCCUCCCAUUCACCUAGGUUUAACCACAAGGCCAUCUAUGUCAUGUCUUUGUGUACCGAAUAUAGUUUUCUGCACUGUUCAUUUAUGUUUGAGUAUGAGUGGCCUGCCUGUGCCGUUUAUACAGUGUUUGUCAGUAUGAUAAGGCACCGUAGUGUGUAUGGAAUAUAUGUGCAAGUCUGGACUCUGACAAACACUGCUUGUAUUAGACACCAGAGUUGCCUGUCAGUGAAAUUUUGUGAAUCUUAUGAAGGCACGUUUAAAUGUCACAUCACUCUAUACUGACUUGUUGAGAUUAUUCCUAAGUGACUUUCUAAGUAGCAUCAUGGGAGAGUGUUUCUCCCUCUGUGAACAAUCCAAUUCAUAUCCACUAACAAUGAAUAAAGCAAUCUCUGAUUUCACUCCUCAGCCAUUGGGAUUCGCUCCUAUAGAGUUGCCAUAGUAACCGCUGAUCAAUCCUGCCAUUUUACUGCAAAACCAUCCACCAUAUUAGAAAAGCACAAGAGAAGAGAUGCUCUAAAUUAUGCGUUAAACAUUCUACAUACAUUCCGUCCCUGCUGUAUUCUGUGGUGUGAUGAAUGCACUGAACAUUUACCCUAAAUGACAAAAACUAGAACAAAUGUUCUACUUAAAGGGUAGAACAUCAAAUUAAAACAUUAAACAACCAAUUUUUCUAUGUUCCCUCAUCUUAUUUCUUCAAAACCCGAGUCUAUGCAUCUGUUCUUACGUAAUAGAUUCCUAGUGGUCAACAGCCUUGGAUUGUUUACAUUGUAGAUGAUCAGCACAGACUAAUUAGUUGUAAUAUCCCUUCCUUUUCCAAAUCUGGCCAAUGCCAUAUACAGUACUUUGGCUGCUGUUUGGUUUUCCAGGCUUUGCGAAGUGAAUUCUUGUGUUUAUCAUGAUGCUAUUUAACAGUGGAGGUUCUGCCGCAGGAAAUAGCAUUAAUGAAUGUCAAAGAGAAUGAUUCUUGUUGCUAGUCAUUUUGCCAAUAGAGGAUCUGUACUGUAGUAUGAAAAUACUCUGUUGUGGUAAUUUGGACAAUACGAUUUCAAAGCUGUAUGUGACUGUCUGUGAAUAAUACUGUUUGAUGGAUACAGAUACAAAUACACAAUGUGCGCAUGUUUGUAGAAGAAUGACAAAGCACACAAUAGUGCACACACAGACACACAAGUGCAUACUGCUUCUAAUGACCCUACAUGCACACUCAAACAGCGACUCCUUGCCUGUAUAUAAGAAGCAGUGCAUGUUGGAAAAGAUUUUUCUUGUGCCAGCAUGUAUCUUUGAUGUGAAAUCCAAUUGUUGUCUUUAUUUCUGUUUAUUUUUGUUAUUUAAUUUUGAUAUUAGGGUAUUAUUUUCUAUUUUUGGAAGGCUUGUGAAUAUAUAAAUAUGUAUUACUGAUGUGUAGUGGUACAGAGUACUAGCAUGAGAGAUUUUUUUAUACAAAGAUGUUUCUAAUUUUCGUUUUUCUAAAUAUGAUCGUUCUUAUCGGGGAUGGAGGUAAAACAGAUGCCAUGCUUGGUUUGUUUCUACUUCCAAUAAAUGGUUAAAAUAUA